AUGUCCGAGUUCGAUGCGUACCAUGCCAUGGGCACGGGCUCUCCCAACCCUCCGAACGCAAACGGCAGGCAAGACGAACCCAACAAAUGGCGCCCACCAGUCGCUGCGAGCCCUGCAGGCUACCACCAGACCGGAAGCCCAGCCAUGGCUCAACCUCCGAAUCAGUACGCCGGCACGCCAGCGCAAUACGGCACGCCGAUGCAACAAGAAAGUUACUUCCCAGACCAGGCGAUUGCGCAGGGUCAACAGCAGUACCAGGGCGAUCAAGACGUGAACAAUCUCGCGGGGCAGAUGGGAGCAGUCGGAUUGGGCGUGGAUCAAGUGGCACAACCUAAGAACAAGAAGAAGAACAGGCAUGCAUAUCAUAAUCUUGAAGGGCCUGGAGGAGCUUCACAACCGUUCACCGGAUCGCCGCAGAACGGUACACCUACACAAUUCCUAAACCAGAAUUCGCCGCAAGUCGGAGGAGCACAAUGGAUGGAGCCUCAGAUUACGCCCGCCAUGAGCCAAUUUCCCGCACCUGUAAACCCCAUCUUUAGCCCUGGGUCACAGGCUUCCCCUAUGCAGUACGCUGCGAGAACACCAGCAGCACCACAUCAGACCGGAGGAGCAGCGGUAGGGUCAGCUCAAGGACGUGUAGACCCCGAGCAGAUACCCAGCAUACCAAAGUCGCGAGAUGCGCCGGCGAGAUACUAUCUAGAGAACGUAUACCCAACUAUGGAACACCACCUACCACCUCCAGCUACGGUUCCCUUUGUCGCCUUUGACCAAGGCAAUUCCUCACCUAAAUUCGCACGGUUGACAAUGAACAACAUUCCACUUACUGCGCAAGCUCUUGCUGCGACUUCAUUACCGCUUGGUAUGGUCUUACAGCCGCUGGCUGCUCAACAGGAAGGAGAACAACCAAUACCUGUACUGGAUUUUGGCGAGACUGGCCCACCAAGAUGCGCAAGAUGUCGAGCGUACAUCAAUCCCUUUAUGCAGUUCAAGGCGGGUGGAAACAAGGUCGUGUGCAACCUAUGUACCUACCCUGGGGAUGUUCCUGGUGAAUACUUUGCGCCUACCGAUCAGUCCGGCGUCAGGAUAGACAGACUACAACGUCCGGAGCUCACUUUAGGCACUGUCGACUUCCUCGUACCCAAAGAGUACUGGUCGAAAGAGCCCGUCGGUCUGCGGUGGUUGUUCCUGGUCGACGUGACUGCAGAGGCAGUGAACCGUGGCUUCCUUCAUGGGUUCUGCGAGGGCAUCAUGAAAGCGCUCUAUGGCGAGUCAGGAGUUGAAGGAGAGGGCAGCGAGACCGCGAGUCGGAUACCGAAGGGUGCCAAAGUCGGCAUCGUGACGUUUGACAAGGAAAUGCACUUCUACAACCUCAACGCCAGUUUGACGAGCGCUCAAAUGCUCGUCAUGUCCGACCUUGAGGACCCCUUCUUACCAUUUAGCGAAGGCUUGUUCGUCGAUCCUGUGGAGUCAAAGACAGUCAUCACAUCACUACUCGCGCAAUUACCGAACAUGUUCUCCGAGGUCAAGAAUCCUGAACCGGCCCUACUUCCUACCCUGAACUCUGCCGUAGCAGCCUUGUCAGCUACCGGUGGAAAGAUAGUAUGCUCUUUAGCUGCACUUCCUACCUGGGGUCCUGGCCGACUGGUGCUGCGCGAUGACGGCAACAUGCAUAACACAGAUGCUGAGAGAAAGCUUCUCCAGACUGAGCAUCCUGGAUUCAAGAAGGUUGCCGAGAAAAUGGUACAAAAUGGUAUUGGUGUGGACUUCUUCCUUGCAGCACCCAGCGGUGGCUACCUUGAUAUUGCAACAAUUGGUCACGUAUCUGCUGUAACCGGCGGAGAAGUCUUCUAUUACCCUAACUUCCAUUCGCCUAGAGACACUCUGAAGCUAUCCAAGGAAAUCCACCACACAGUCACACGAGAAACCGGAUAUCAAGCGCUGAUGAAGGUUCGCUGCUCGAAUGGCCUGCAGGUCUCCGCCUAUCACGGGAACUUCUACCACCACACUUUCGGCGCCGAUCUGGAGUUUGGAGUCAUCGACGCUGACAAGGCUAUUGGCGUUAUGUUUAGCUACGAUGGUAAACUAGAUCCAAAGCUUGACGCACACUUCCAGAGCGCGCUAUUGUACACAGCUGCCAACGGUGAGCGACGAGUACGAUGCACCAAUAUCGUGGCUAGCGUCAGUCCAAACACUGGUGAAUGCAUGAAGUUCGUUGAUCAGGAUGCUGUUGUAAACAUCAUCGCCAAAGAGGCUGCUGCUCGCAUGACGGAGAAGAACCUUAAGGAUAUUAGAGGAGCUCUAACCGAGAAAACUGUCGACAUUCUUGCUGGCUACAGGAAGAACUUCACUGGUAACAACCCACCGGGCCAACUCGUGCUACCGGAGAACCUGAAGGAGUUCGGCAUGUACAUUCUUGGCCUGAUCAAGUCAAGAGCCUUCAAGGGUGGCAAGGAGCCCACUGAUCGGAGAGUCCACGACAUGCGGAUGAUCAAGUCGAUGGGACCUUUGGAGAUGUCAUUGUAUCUCUACCCGCGGAUCAUCGCAAUCCACAAUCUCGAUGUAGGGGAUGGAUUUGCAAAUGAAAAGGGGCAUCUGGUCAUGCCCGAAGGCAUACGCGCAUCUUUCUCCAAGGUCGAAGAAGGCGGCGCAUACAUUGUAGACAAUGGCCAAGUAUGCUUGCUGUGGCUGCACACUCAAGUCUCACCCAACCUGCUAGAAGACCUGUUUGGCGAAGGCAACAACAGCCUAAAGGCACUCGAUCCCUUCCAAUCCACUCUUCCUGUUCUCGAGACCCAUCUCAACGCUCAAGUACGGAAUAUCCUGCAAUACCUAGAAGGCACGCGAGCUUCCAAAGCGCUCACUAUUCAACUUGCGCGACAAGGACUUGAUGGCGCGGAAUACGAGUUCGCGAGGUUGUUGUACGAGGACCGGAAUAACGAGGCGCAGAGUUAUGUCGACUGGCUUGUGCAUGUCCACAGGCAUAUACAGUUAGAGCUCGCAGGGCAGCGCAAGAAAGAAGACACAGGCGAUGGCGUUGGCUCGACGUUCGUGGGUCUGCGGACACCGUACUGGGGCUAG